AGUCAUAGCACACCGCGCAACCCUCUUCAACCUACUGUAUGUGUGAUUUGGGGGCCCCCAAUACAUGCACCAGAGUAGUGAGAAAGUGGUGGAGAAGGAAGAACAAGAGCAGCCAACUUUUUUCUAGAAGCUGUUUGCAUAUGAGGAAGCGACUCUAACAACAAACAUCAAGCAUAGGGAUUCCAUAAGUGUUUUUCGCCAAUAAACGCGUUUCUUGUGUUCAUGUCAACGAUCUGUGGAGUGUCAAACACAAAAAUUGUGCGAAAAAUUAAAUGUGUCGCCUAUAUCAAGCAUUUGUUGAAAUAAAAUCGGCCAAUUUCUUCAAUUGCAAAGUGCCUGUUGAAGCGUACAUAUAUGUAGUACAUAUCUCGAUAGAUCUAGAAUUUGGUUGUGUUUCGCGGGUGCGUGUACAGAUGGCUAGUGUCGACUUAUAAAAAACAAAAAUAAUACAAUUUCCUCAGUGAACAGACUAGGUGAGAGAAAUAUAAUUUUCGUUGAGCGUACAUGCGUUAAAGUAAACAAUAAAGAAAAUAACGCCAAAUCACUUGCCCACCGUCCAUGACAUUGGUCUCGAAUAUUCACAUGUGUCAUAACAAAAUAGACCAAGGCAAAUAAAAAAUAUGCUUUUUGUGUGUAAUUUUAAAGGUGUUCGUUUGAAAUCUUAUCGAAAUAGCGUUUAAAAAGGAUACACAAAACUGUGCGCCUAAAGAGACUGACGAUUCUAAAACGAGAAGAACCACCCGUAGCCGCGUACUUCACAUAAUGUUCGACAAUUUUCUCAGCAUGCUGCGUAAACGGCGCCGUCUUGACAAUGUUGCGGAGGAAUCAAACGCACAAACGACGCCGGGUCCAGCCGAAAGGGCAGCUGGUGCAGAUGCAUAUUGGAAUACUUUAUUUAAAACGAGUUCGGCCGCGACUGCAGCCGCAGCUGAUUUAAGUAGUUCUUCCUUCUCCGCCGCCGCCACAACUACUGCUGCCCCUCAUGCGAGCACAUCACACGCUUCUAAUGCAGAUGACAGCGACAUGUCUUUAUUGCCGCUACCAUCUCUGACACUCUGCCCUAUGGAUAGUAUUUUUGACGUUUAA